CCAGGAAUUUAUAAAGUGGCUCCCUUCGCUUCCUCUUAUCCCGUGCUCUCUCUCAGGGUGUGUGUUCCUUCUGGUCUCUCUAGUCGACAAGUUUUGUAAGGAAGGAGAGAAUGGCUGAGGCUAAAGCAGUUGUGCCGGAAUCGGUGCUGAAAAAGAUGAAGAGGGAAGAAGAGUGGCAGUCCGCGAAAAUGAAGGAAGCUGAAGCUACAAAAAAGAAGAAUGUUGAGAACAGGAGGCUUAUCUUCAAGAGAGCCCAGCAAUACGCCAAAGAGUAUGCCGAGAAGGAAAAGGAGUUGAUCCAAUUGAAGCGGGAGGCCAAGUUGAAAGGAGGGUUUUAUGUGGACCCGGAGGCUAAGCUUUUGUUUAUCAUCCGUAUCCGUGGUAUCAACGCUAUUGAUCCAAAAACAAAAAAGAUUUUGCAGCUUCUGCGUUUGAGACAGAUUUUCAAUGGUGUGUUCCUCAAGGUCAACAAGGCAACAAUGAACAUGCUUCACCGCGUCGAACCUUAUGUGACCUAUGGAUACCCUAACCUGAAGAGCGUUAAGGAGUUGAUCUACAAAAGGGGAUACGGAAAACUCAACCAUCAGAGAGUUGCCCUAACCGACAAUACCAUCAUCGAACAGGGUCUGGGGAAACAUGGGAUUAUAUGCAUGGAGGAUCUGAUUCAUGAGAUCAUAACGGUCGGACCUCAUUUCAAGGAAGCCAAUAACUACCUGUGGCCUUUCCAGCUGAAGGCACCGCUCGGUGGCCUCAAGAAGAAGAGGAACCACUACGUUGAAGGUGGUGAUGCCGGUAACAGAGAGAACUUCAUCAAUGAGCUUAUUAGGAGAAUGAACUGAGUUUUCUUUUGUGUUUUUCUGUUUCACUAUCUGGGUCAAUGACAGCAGCAUGAUGUUCUUUUUGGUAAGAUGAGAUUUGAUCAUUUGUUUUGGAAUCUUCUCCUAGGAAUGUUGUUAUUUUGUGAUCAAGAUAUUUAUGAUUUUGCUGAGUAAUUUCCCAGUGAUUUUCUCG